AUGUCUCAGAUUGCUUUUGAUUCCGACAAACGAUAUGCGACUAUCGAUGACCCAGAUGCCGAUGCUAUCCUUCGCUCAUCUGACUCGGUCAACUUUCACGUCAGGAAGUCAGUCUUGUCUGAAGUAUCCACAUUCUUCAAGGACAUGUUUUCGCUGCCCCAGAACGAACCCAUUGAUGAUUUUCAGUCGUCCGUUGGGCUCGAUAUAGUUCCCGUUGCUGAGGAUAAGGAUGAGCUAUAUCUCUUCAUCCGUCUAUGCUAUCCAAACCAAGAUCACUCACUCUCUGAUUUGUCCGAAGUCAAACGUGCUCUGAAAAUCUUACGAAAGUACGACGUUCAGCGCAUCCCCGACUCUGUCGGGCUAGCCCUCAUGUUGGCCGUCAACGAACAUCCUACCACGGUCUGCGCGAUAGCUUGCGGCUACAACUUCCUUGCCGUCGCCAAUGCCGCCGCUAAAGCAUCACUCAAAUCUCCCCUCUUCUCCGAUGCCUCUCAGAGUGACGAAGACCUCGAUCUCAUGACGGCCUCUCAGUACGAUAAAUUCCUCCGGUACCACAAGAAUGUUGCGACAAGAGCUAGCACAGCUGCGUCCUCCUUCCAGUGGAUGGAACAAGAUGACCCAAUUCCCACUGCGUUCCGUCCCUGCAAAUGUCCCAACACACAAAUUGUUUUACCGGCUGCUUGGGCAUCUCCGGUGGCGAACUGGGUCAUCCAGUGGCGGAAGGAGAUGGCGGAUGCUUUGGCUACCACACCAGACUUCAACACGAUAUCUCGCCGAGGAAUUGCUACCAUGCGCGCUACGACGACGGCUAUCUCUUCUGGUUGUCCGAGUUGUCGGACGGAGCUAGAGAAACUUCCUGCCUUCACCGAGUUGAUUGCCAACAGAGUGGAUGCGGUCACAGCCCAGGUCAGGUUUUUCGUCAUUUAA